GCUGAUGGAAAAAAUAAUAAUAACGCGUUGCCUCCACCCUGCUUCACUUACAUCCGGGGAAAGUGUAGCGUCACCCACUGACAUCUCCAAGAAUAGGGUGGACGGUGGUGGAGAGGCAGACCAGGGAGGACAGUGCUGACCCAGAGAGAAAGAGAAGCGGCAUUUUUGGUUAGAAAGAAGUGGGUUUGAUCAAUUCUGUCCGUGUCGGAGAAAAUACUAAUUUGUGGAGUGAGUGGACGUGCCACAUUCUAGAGGGGAAAUCUAACGAAGGAACAGAAUUCUUUGGGAAGAGUGACGUGACGGGCAGUGUCAGUUUGCGCUGUCACAACUCGCGGAGAGCUAGCAAGUGGGCUAGCUAGCCGGCUAGCUUAGUUGUUCCAAAGGACUGCUCUAUUUUAAAAUUGCGGUCUCUGCGCUUAAGGCAAAGGAAACUACCAGUCCCUCAUGUUGAUUGAACAUUGAUACAAGGAGGGUUAGCACUGUGAGCGUAAGACCAUUCCUCCUCCCGAGAGCACUGCGGAGCUCAGCUGCUGGUGGGUGCCGGCGACAACACAGGCGAUAACAACAUGGGGACUCCAGGACGGAAACGAGCCCCCAUCAAGGACCGCUUCUCGGCCGAGGAUGAGGCCCUAAGUAGCAUCGCCCGAGAGGCGGAGGCCAGGCUGAAUGCCAAGAGGGCGGCGAGGGCAGAGGCACGAGACAUCCGAAUGCGGGAGCUGGAACGCCAGCAGAGAGAGCUGUCCCACCGUCACCACUCUUCUUCCUCCAACAAGAAGUACAGCCAGAUACACCAAUGGAUGGCUGACAGUGAGAAGGCCCGGCAUUCGCACAGUCGUGCAGGCAGCAGUAGUAGCAUCAGUAGCCAUCAUCGACGGGGUCGAGAUGAUGAUACUAUGUCGGUCCGCAGCUCUGCCAGCUACAGGUCCACCGCGUCCUCGCUGUACGGCACGGGGAGUUCGCAGAGGAGUUACACUAGUAGCUCCCGCAGGAAGGACCUGUUGUCUGAUGGCCUAUCCAGUAGCUCUGCUCUGAAGACCUCUCGCUCCACUAGCUCGGUGUACAACGACUUACACAGCCUGAAGAAGAGCUCCAGCAGUGGCUCCAGGAAGGACUUGCUGACUGGACUGUACCACGACCAAAGGAGCUACAGCAGCCUUAAGAGCUCCAAGCCUGCUCCACCUUCAUUCUCCUCAUCCACCACCAGCACACCCACUGCCUCCACCUACCAGCCUCGGGCCCCCUCUGCCACCCCCAGCACCGGUGGCCUGAGCCGCAGCUACAGCCUGGCCUCCAUCGCUGACGACGGUCUCUACGGCUCCUACAGUUCCAGAGCUCCAUCUGAGUACAGCUGGUACUCCUCAGCAGCCAGCUCCACCCGCAGCAGCCCUGUGUCCUCCUCUGGCAGCGACUCUGGCAGCACGGUGUCCCAGGAGUACAACCGCACACGGAGGACCAGCACGUCGUCUGAUUUCUCUGACAUCAGUGAGACGGCCGCUGACUAUUUCAGCCGCUCUAAUCGGCGCGGCAGCAUCGUGAGUGACCUGGAUGAGCUGUGUAUCCCUGACCUGGACUCUCUGGACGAGAAAUGCGACAAACAGUACACAGAGUACAGCCGGCCCUCGUCGCGCUGUAACACCCCUGGUCUGUCGGCGGCAGCGUUGGCAUCUCUGGGUGGCACCUCGUCCAGACGGGGCAGUGGAGAUGCCGGCAGCGUCAUCGGCAGCGUCAUCGACGCCGAUGCCUCCCUCAACGAGAUACGGGAUCUGUAUGAUCUAAAGGACCAGAUUCAGGAUGUAGAGGGGCGCUACAUGCAGGGGCUUAAGGAGCUGAAGGAGUCGUUGGCAGAGGUGGAGGAGAAGUACAAGAAGGCCAUGGUGUCCAACGCCCAGCUGGACAACGACAAGGCCAACCUCAUCUACCAGGUGGACACGCUCAAGGACACCAUCGAGGAGAUGGAGGAGGAGAUGUCCGAGAUGAGGAGAGACACGGAGGAGAAGUCAAAGGACUUGGAGAGGCAGAAGCAUACGGUGUCGGUUCUGAAUCACAAGCAGGAGGAGCUGAAAGAGGGCAUUCGCCAGAGAGAUGAACUCAUAGAGGCCAACCAGGAAAACCAGGAAAAGUUAGACAACCUCACCCGCGAGGUCUUUGACCUGCAGGAGACCAUUAACUGGAAGGACAAAAAGAUCGGGGCCUUAGAGAGGCAGAAAGAGUACUUUGAUUGCAUUAGGACUGAGCGGGACGAGCUCAGAGAUGAGCUGGCCGAGCUCAAGGGGAAGUCCAAAUCAGGAGAGAAGCACGGCCUAGUGAUCAUCCCAGAGGGCACGCCCAACGGAGACGUGGAUCACGACCUGCCUCACUCUGGCAUUACCGUGGUUACGCAGGAGGCCGCUCAGGUCCUAGAGUCAGCUGGAGAAGGACCACUGGAUGUCAGGUUACGGAAGUUGGCGGAUGAAAAAGAUGAACUACUAGCACAGAUUCGUAAGUUGAAGAUGCAGCUGGA